CGUAAUUAUAAAAUAAUCUCUCUAAACUUUCUCGGACAGAUAACAAAUCUAACUGUAAUCUCAUUGUGAUUUCUUACAUAUGAAUUAUUUAAGAACUAUAUAAAUUACACUCGGACUCUGUUUUAUAUACAACAAAUAAUCUCAUAUAAUAGUCAGAUAUACUGCAAAAUUUCUGCUCCAAAACAAACAAAGAGAUGGUGAAACUUUUAGGCAAGUUUGGCUUGGACUACUGUGACAUGCCAACUCUGUUGUAUAACAUAAGCGUAUUAUUACGAAUAUUGACUGUUAAAAUCUGUAGGAGGUAUAACGAACCGAUCUCUUGGACAGUUUAUAUCGUUUUUAUAAUAUCCGCCAUCUGCUAUGUAUAUGUGUACAUGUUCUCGGUGUACUGGUACAUCUUAUUCAGAUAUCCUGAUACAGGGGACUUGCUCACCGUCAUCGUUGAAAUCUCCCUCUCAAUGUGCAGCCUGAAUUGUAUAUUGAAAUUAUUUUUUAUUAAAAUAAAAGUAACUAGCAUGAUGAAUCUGGUGGACGAAUAUCUAUAUAGCAAUGAAUUUAUGGUGAAGAACACACGUUUUGAAAAGCGCUUUUUAAAAAAUCUAAAGAUUGUAAAAAAACGGGCCAUAUUCAUUUGGAUUUUCCUCUUUGCAAAUGGAACGAUGUAUAAUAUUAUACCGCUAAUGAUGCCUGGUCGCCAUUUCUCUGAAGAUAUGUAUGUAAUAUAUGGAUUGGAGCCAAUGUUCGAAUCACCUAAUUUUGAAAUUGCUUCAAUAAUGAUGGCAGUUGGUGUAUACUUCGCUGUAGCUAGUGCAGUACACAUUAUGUUGUUCAUGAUUGUCAUUGUUGGUUGUAUAGAAGCACAGAUGACAGCUCUCAGUGAGGAAUUGGCUGAUAUUUGGGAAGACAGCGAGAAGUUCUAUAACACAUCUAAAGUUUUCAUUAAAUAUAUCCAGGAAGAUGAAGCCAGAAAUAAAUUCCUUGAGAUACGACUCAAAGAUGUUGUUAAAUUUCAGAUAAUUAACAUGAAUUUGAGAAAUAAAAUUGAAAAAGAAUUAAGUUUUAUUUUUGUAGUAGACUUUGUCAUCAUGAUUAUAGCCAUUGUAACGGAGCUGGUCGGUGGGCUUGAGAAUACAUUUGGACAAAUACCUUUCACAGUUUCUCAAGUGGUCGUGGCUUGUCUUACAGGCCAGAAGCUCAUAGACUCUAGUGAAGAUUUCAGUGAAGCUGUCUACUGCUGCAAGUGGGAAAAUUUUAACGUUUCAAAUCGGAAAACUAUUCUUCUCAUGCUGCAGUGUUCUCAACAGACAUUGAUGUUGUCAGCUGGAGGUAUAGCUGUAAUGGACUUGUGUUGCUUAAUGACAAUUUUUAAAUUUGCUUACUCAGCAUAUACCACAAUUAAAUCCUCUGUAUAGUAAAUCAACUAAACUGUAGUCUUUGCAGACGUUCAUAUCUUGUAUAAAAUAUAUAACAUCAUCGGGAUAUUUAAUUAUUUGUAAAUAUAAAUCAAUAGA